CUCAUCUCAUUCAGUCCAACUUUUUAAUCUUCAUCACUGCAGUCCCUUCUAUUCUCAUAUAUCCCAUUGCGCUGCGCAUUAUUUCACAGUCUCUCUUUUAAUAUUUCAGAUCACCCAGUCUCUGAAUUAGCUGUAUCUCUCCACUCAAGUCGUUACCAGCGUACCCCUCAUCAAACAGCAUCAUGGGUUCCGACGCGCCUUCCGACCCUCUCUGGACCACUCAGUCAGUUUUGUCCACACUGCCUCACCCUCCCGAAGAAAACUCCGCCUCUCCCAUACCAUUUUUCCACCUCCUCGAACGUCUAAAGACAACUAAGCGCGAAGGCUGGCGUCGCUUUGGCAUCAGUACCGGAGAAUCGAUUUCUGACCACAUGUACCGCAUGUCAAUAAUGACCAUGCUUGCACCUCCUGCACUUGCCUCCCGCCUUAACCUGCCCCACUGCAUGAAGAUGGCGCUUAUCCAUGACAUGGCCGAGUCGAUUGUUGGCGACAUCACCCCCGUGGACAAGGUCAACAAGACCGAAAAGGCGCGCCGAGAGGCCGAAGUGAUGGACUACAUUGCGAAAAACCUGCUUGGCGGUGUACCUGGAGGCAUGUUGACGGGCGAGGAGAUUCUGAAGGUCUUCAACGAAUACGAAGCGAACGAAACCCUUGAGGCGCAUUUUGUGCACGACGUCGAUAAGAUGGAGCUAUUGCUGCAGAUGCUCGAGUACGAGCGCACCCACAAGGUUGACCUUUCGGAGUUCUGUCAUGUUGCCGGUCGUAUCCAGCUGGACGAGGUCAAGGAAUGGGCGGCCACUGUUCUCAAGGAGCGGGAGGCUUUCUGGAAGGGAAUGGCUGCGAACACAAACGGUACAGCAUAGAACACUUAUCGCAGGAGGCAGGAAGGUUGAGUCUAUUCGUACUUUGCGUCAUUCUUUACAUUUUCAGUUUGGGCCAUCAUCCACCGAACCCGGUGGAGGCGUUUGGGUUGGCAUUCUAGAAUUAGAUCGGAUAGUGUGUGAUAGCAUGGGUCUAGGUAUGAGCCAUAUGGGUAUCAUGACAUUCAACGAGGCACGGUUUAUAGCUCCUAAUAGCAU